ACCUUGGAGUAAUUUUCAUUCAUUUGCACUGAUUGCUAUGAUUUGCAUUGUCUAACCGACAGCAGAAUGUGUUCUCGCUGACCAUGUGACUCCGACUCCAGCACACAGUUAUAUUCGGCCAAUGGGGACGCAUGGGCACUGCGCGUCCCCGCUCAGACCGUGUGGAGAAGUUUACCGGUCCGGGUGCAAAGUCUCAAGUUUCGUUUAACUUCUCCUGGAGAUUCACGAGCGUCUUUUAUUCCAUCCCCAGUCUAUGGCGGCCGGUGUUUCUCUCUAAUAAGUAUGAAUGAAUGUUUCGCUGCGCUGAAUUCUUUAGUGCGUCGCGCAACUGAUAUUUCGCGAGUUGCCAAUAGCAACAGCAUUUACGCGUUUAUUUUCAACAUUAAUCUCUUGUUUAUGACAAACGUUCAUUCCAUAGACAUCUAAAACCGUCUCUGUGUGUUAUUAUACAAGACUAUUCGCGAAUAUAAAUAUAAUUUUAUUUGCCGUUGAAGACAAAAAAUGGGUUUGGGACAGAACCGUGUGCGUUUGCUGUGCAUGCUGUCUUUAACGCUUGUGUUUUUCAUUGUUGAAGUUGUGGUAAGCAGGAUAACAGCAUCUCUCGCAAUGCUGUCAGACUCUUUUCAUAUGCUGUCGGAUGUAAUAGCCUUGAUAGUGGCUUUGAUUGCCGUGAGUUUUGCGGAGACAACUCAAACCACAAGUAAAAACACGUUUGGAUGGAUCCGCGCAGAAGUGAUGGGAGCUUUAGUGAACGCCGUGUUUUUGACGGCCCUCUGCUUCACUAUUCUGUUGGAAGCCGUCGAGCGCUGCACGCUGCCUCAUGAGAUCGAGAAUCCACGAGUGGUCAUUUGGGUUGGCGUUGCUGGUCUACUGGUCAAUGUACUUGGUCUUUUUCUGUUCCACGGACACGCAGGGUUUGGAGGGCACGGGCACUCUCAUGGUGGUCACUCUCAUCGGGGACACGGACACUCUCAUGGUCACAACACAAAAAGCAGACAUUAUGAAAAACCAAAGGCGCAUAAAGAGGAACACAAUCUUAUGAUAAACAGCAGCAGUUCUCAAGGAGAUCAAACUUCAGAUCUGAAAUCAGACAGCCUGAACAUCAGAAUCCCGGCCAACGGCUCAUUGGAGGACCUGGAUCACAGUUCUGACUCCCAGUUGAACAUGCGUGGAGUGUUUCUGCACGUGCUUGGCGAUGCAUUAGGUUCCGUCAUUGUGGUAGUCAACGCCUUGAUUUUCACUUUUGUGUGGACGCCAUGCCAAAGCGACGAAAUCUGUUUCAACCCCUGCCGUAGCACCCACUUGACUGAACAUCAACAUGUUAAUACCACAGUCCUGCUGAGCAUAUCCAAACCGCACGACAGGAGCCCAAGAACCGUAUCUGUAGCUGGACCAUGUUGGGUGCUUUAUCUGGACCCAAUGCUAUGUCUAAUAAUGGUGUGUAUUUUGCUCUACACAACUUUUCCUCUCCUAAAGGAGUCGGCUCUGAUCCUCCUACAAACGGUACCCAAACAGAUCGAUCUGCACAAGCUGAAUGGGAAACUACGGAGCCUGGAUGGUGUUAUAGCCGUUCAUGAACUGCACAUCUGGCAGCUGGCUGGGUCUCGCAUUAUUGCAACCGCUCACAUCAAAUGCGCAGAUCCAGCUACUUACAUGGACAUAGCCAAACGCAUUAAAGACAUUUUCCAUGAUGAAGACAUCCAUGCUACUACUGUCCAGCCAGAGUUUUCUUCCAUUUCUGAAGGAUCUGGUGACUCCCGGUGUGAGCUUUCCUGUCAAAGUCGAUGCAAACCCAAACUAUGUUGUAAUCCGACUAAAAGGGCUAAGCCAGAGUCGGAGCUGACCAAGAUUAAAGGAAAGAACUGCAGGCAUGCUGUCGGAUGGGCUGAUCAGAAGGAAGUGGAGGAAACUGUACAUAGUACAGAGAUGGAAUCAACAGUUUAGGUCAAGAAGGACAUUAUAUUGCAUGAGUUGCACAUGACCACUUGCUCACAGUCGCAGGAAAUGUGGGAGAUUAGGGCAAUUGUCUGGAUUAUUUAAAAUCUUCUUAUUGCAUAAGUAUGUCUCAGAGUGUUGGUUUUGUUGAACCCAACAACAUUAGAUUCCAUGCUGUGUUCUGUAUAUAAACAUGAUAUAUA